CCAGCACGCGCGGGGGAAGUUCAGCUCUACCCUCCUCACAUAUACCUUUCCUCGUUUCCUACGGCACGCCAGAACUGUUUCCACAUUGCUCCUUUCCCCUUUCCUCUGCAUUCACCUCUUCCCUUUUCCCUUUCCUGAUCACCAUCUGUCACCAUUAUGCUUCAACACCCCCUCAUUUCCCCCUUUUCUCCUUCUUCCUCCCCCUCAUUUCUCCCUCCCUUCCUCCUCUCUCUCUCUCUCUCUCUCUCUCUCUCUCUCUCUCUCUUGCUUUCUCUCCAUCAUAAGCACUCUGUCACUCCUCCUCAUUCCUUUCCCCUCAUUCUCUCUCUCUGAAUCGUUCGUUCUCUCUUUCCCUCUUUCUCUUUCAGGCUCUCUCCUCUCCUCCUCCUCCCUUCUCCCCUCCAAGCCUUGGAUUGGCUGGCGGUGGGACCAUUCCCUGGAGUCACUGACAUACAGCUUGAUCUACCUAACCCUGUGAGAGGAGCCCUUCUCUUCAGCAGCAGGAGAGCUGGAGGGGGCAGCCUGGGCUCCACUCAGCGAGACUGGCAGACUGCCUUCUUACCUGCAUCAAGAGAGCAGGUGGGAGAGGGCCAGCAGCAGCCAGAUGUGGGGGCACAGGGGGUAUGAGGAGGGGAGCCCCCCUGGAGCUGCAGGAGGAAGAGAGGGACUCCGGGAUUUCAAAGGAGGAAAAAUGGGCAAGAAGGCAUUUCUGACCCCUGCCAAAGACUCAGGAUUCAAGCUGUUUUUAAAGAGGAAGAAAUGAAAAUAUGAAACAUUCUCCUGGGGAGUGAAGGGAAAAUAUCUGUUCCUUGGAUAGACACCCAACCAGGCCAGAGUGAUAAUCGCCACUGUUCUGCCAUGGACAGUUUCAACUUCUCAACCACUUCUUGGGAGGAGAAUUCAACAGCUACCAGCACACUCUUUAUUUCUGGGAACCUGUCCUUACCUGUGAGUCUUGGUGUUGACGUCAGCGGUGUCCUCAUCCCUCUGGUUUACCUCAUAGUCUGUGUGGGAGGGCUAGCUGGAAACUCCCUGGUUAUCUAUGUGGUUUUGUGCCAUUCAGUGAGUGAAUCGGUGACUAACGUCUACAUCCUCAACUUGGCGUUGGCAGAUGAACUCUUCAUGCUCGGCUUACCCUUCCUGGCGGCCCAAAAUGCAUUGUCCUAUUGGCCUUUUGGUUCAUUCAUGUGCCGGCUAGUGAUGGCUGUGGAUGCCAUCAACCAGUUCACUAGCAUUUUUUGUCUAACUGUGAUGAGCGUCGACCGUUAUUUGGCAGUGGUGCAUCCAGGGAAGUCGUCAAAAUGGAGGACAGCACGUGUGGCUAAGGUGGUUAGUGCCACAGUGUGGAUGCUCUCUUCAGUGGUGGUGUUGCCAGUAGUGGUGUUCUCAGACGUUCCUCUGGGCAUGAGCACUUGCCAUAUCCAGUGGCCUGAGCCAGCUUCCGUAUGGAGAACUGGGUUCAUUGUCUACACAGCUGCACUUGGCUUCUUUGGGCCACUGCUGGUAAUCUGUCUAUGUUACUUACUUAUUGUCGUCAAGGUUCGAUCCUCAGGCAGAAAAGUGCGAGCACUGACAGCCAAGCGCAAGCGCUCUGAACGCAGAGUCACACGCAUGGUGGUGGCUGUGGUGGCUGUCUUUGUCUUAUGCUGGCUGCCGUUUUACGUGCUCAACAUCAUCAACGUCAUCUGGCCUCUGCCCGAGGAACCGUCCCUUUUCGGCAUCUACUUCCUGGUUGUGGUGCUGCCCUAUGCUAACAGCUGUGCCAAUCCCAUCAUUUACGGUUUCCUCUCCUACCGCUUCAAGCAGGGUUUCCGCAGGGCCAUCCUGAGACCCUCCCGCCGAGUCCAGAGCCAAGAAGUAGCAGCCGCAGCAACAACACCAGACAAAAUGGAAGAAGAGGAAGAGGAGGAGGAGGAGGAAGAAGAAGAAGAAGAAAUGAAAACAGGAGUGAUGGAGGUCAGCAAGAUCACCCAGAAUGGCAGUGGCGGACAGGAAUGUAUCCCAAGCAGCGGAGCAGGAGGCAGUGAACAAAAACCACUUCCCGAGGAUCCUGUUAGUUGUGAGAAACCCAGAGUUAUAAACACCAGCUACUUGUAGUGACAAGAAAGGGGCUUCCCUUCUCUUCCUCAUAACUGCUCCAGGCUCAGCUCAUGAGGCUUAAUCAACAUCUGUGAUUCAAGGCUUUCCCCAAGCAUGGCGAGAAGUGAGAAAGGCAUAUAGAAAGCUUUCAAGUGCAGAAGCAAGAACCAAUACAGUCAUUUACAAUGACCAUUCUGUAGCAAUGAUUGCUAGUUAGAACAAAGGCUUCUAGGAUUUGGUUUGGGUGAAGGGUUUCUGUUCAUCUGACAUUAUGCUAACUAAACUUCCUUCGUUACUCUACAGCUUUAGUAUACCUUUCCAACGUUUCACAGAUGAAAACAGAGAGAUUUGUGUAUUUAGUUUCACAACCAAGGAUAGCUAUUAAGUGUCUCCCUCACGCCACUAAUACACAUCGCUGAUGGCUGUCCCCUACAGCACUGCAUCCUAUAUUCAUUUAUCCCGCAGCAGCCGAGCCCAUACUCGCAGCUGAAGAAAGAUGUGUUAAUAAUGUGGCCGUAGCAGGUUUGUUUUUUCUAAAAAGCCUUAACAGAAUUUUAAUCUCAUAAUGGGAAUAAGCUGCAAAUCAAACACACUUAGUGAUGUUCAUCAUCUGGAAAGGUAACUGUGGUGAAGAGGGAAGCAAGACAGGCAUACAUGAGCUCUCGCUAAAAAUAAAUAAAUAAAAUCUGACAAAACCUCCUCCAAAGGAAGGGCAGAAACAAAACACUAAGGACAAGGACCAGAAAAGGGAUUGUUGAAUCAAAUGAGGGGUUGGGGGCCAUAAACAUUUCAAGAGCUCGUGUUAAUGUCACAGUUAGAAAAUGCAACCCAGAGAUUUCUUGGAUAAAAUCACACUUUUCUCAUGAACUCUCUAGAGUAGCGGUUAGAGGUUGAACAUGGACAGGGGAACCCAGAAUGAAAUAUUUCUUCAGGCAGUUGGCUUUCCGCGUUACCUCGCACCGGUUAUUCUCUCUCUUGUGCCAAUGGGCCUUGUGCCGAUUACUCUCUCUCAGCCUUGUCCCAAUUACUUUCUCUCAGCCUAACCUACCUCACAGGGUUGUUGUGAGGAUCAAAUAGAGUACAGGAGAAUCAUUAAGGUUGUCAACCGACUUGUGGAAAAAUGUUCUGUCAUCUUAAUAGAGGCUUAAUUUGUGGAAAUGGGCAGUUGAAGCUUUUCAUGGCAUGGAGGUAACUUACAUCUCUUUGUAAGUAACAUUCCAUUAGGCCUCUAUUAAAGGGGCAACACAUUUCUCCCCAGGCCAGCUGGUAGCCCUGGAUUCACUGGAGAAUAAAAAUAUGGCACUGUAAUCCACAUAUGAGAGAAGCGUAGCUUGCUAGCUAUUCUGUAAGCUUUAGUACAUACUACAGGGAGGUAAAAGUGCUAACCUACCUUGCAGGGUUGCUGUGAGGACUACUGGCUGAGGUGGUAUAUGUGAAGUGUUUUCAGUGUUCUGAAGUACUAUAUAAAUACAAAAGUGUUGCUGGUAUCCUCACUGCUGUUUUACCUCAGUUCCAACAUACAGACUAUACUUGGGCCAGGUUAUUUCAAUAAAAUAUUCCUUUCAGUGUAA